GAAGUGGAGGCGGCUGUGAAUAGCGGGCAAAUGGGGAGCUGAGCGGCUGCAGCAGCAGCAGCAGCACCGCGGCCGCGCAGCAGCAGCAGCGGCGGCGGGCGGGCACGGAGGCGAGCUCGGCGGCGGGCCGUCGUUUGGCAGGCGCCGAGAGCGAGCGGCAGGCGCGCUGCCCCGCCGCCCCGGACUGGUCGCCUGCUCGCGGGGCGGCACCAUGCAGACCUUCCUGAAGGGGAAGCGGGUGGGAUACUGGCUGAGCGAGAAGAAGAUCAGGAAACUGAAUUUCCAGGCCUUCGCCGAGCUGUGCCGGAAAAGAGGCGUAGAAGUAGUGCAGCUUGACCUCACCAAACCCAUUGAAGAUCAGGGCCCUUUGGAUGUGAUCAUACAUAAACUGACAGAUGUAAUCCUUGAAGCAGACCAGAAUGACAGCCAAUCACUGGAGUUGGUUCACAGGUUCCAGGAGUACAUUGACGCUCAUCCAGAAACCAUUAUCCUAGACCCUCUCCCGGCUAUUCGUACACUUCUGGAUCGAUCCAAGUCCUAUGAGCUAAUUCGGCGAAUAGAGGCAUACAUGCAAGAUGAGAGGAUCUGUUCACCACCUUUUAUGGAGCUGACAAGUGCCUGUGGAGAAGAUACCUUGAAGCUUAUAGAGAAGAAUGGAUUGGCAUUCCCAUUCAUUUGUAAAACUAGAGUGGCCCAUGGAACCAACUCGCAUGAGAUGGCGAUCAUCUUCAACCAGGAAGGCCUCAAAGCUGUUCGUCCCCCUUGUGUCAUUCAGAGCUUCAUCAAUCACAAUGCUGUGCUCUAUAAAGUUUUCGUGGUUGGGGAAUCUUACACUGUGGUGAAAAGGCCAUCUUUAAAGAACUUCUCUGCAGGCAUCUCAGACAGAGAAUCAAUAUUUUUCAACAGCCACAAUGUUUCCAAACCAGAGUCCUCAUCUGUCUUAACAGCAGCUGAGGUCUGUUUGGUACCACGAGCCAGCAUGACUGUGUCCCCCUCUGAUUUUCCUUACCGAGCUCCGCUGGAUAAAAUCGAAGGAGUAUUUGAGCGGCCAAAUGAUGACGUCAUCCGGGAAAUCUCUAAAGCUCUGCGGCAAGCUCUGGGAGUUUCCCUCUUUGGAAUUGAUAUUAUCAUUAAUAACCAGACUGGGCAGCAUGCAGUAAUUGAUAUAAAUGCAUUCCCAGGUUAUGAGGGUGUUUCUGAAUUUUUCACAGAUCUGCUGAACCACAUAGCUGCUGUCCUGCAGGGUCAGGUACCUGAGGUGACCCAGCUAAACCACAGCAAGCUCCUGGCAGAGCAGAGUGGUGGGAUCAUGGACGAGCGGAUAUGCUGUGCUAGCACAGGCUGUCUCAGCGUCAUGGGAAAAGACUCCUCCUGGAUUGUGGAGAGCGAGAGCAGCAGCUCAGUAAAACUGCAACACCAGAGACUAGGCUGCAACUCAGCAGUGUCCCCCAGCUUCCAGCAGCACUGCGUCGCUACGUUGGCAACAAAAGCUUCUUCUCAAUAACUCGCCAAUGCUAUGGACUGAGAAAAAGCCCCAGGGAUACAAAUUGUGGUCCCAGAACCAGAUCAGGCUUUAACAAUACAAUUGACAAAAAUAUGGGAAAAAAACCCCAACAUAAAACACAACACAAAAAAAGUAAAAUAAAAGAACUUUCCAUUUGAUUUAAUCUAAUUUGCUGAUGAAACGGACUGAAAGGGGAAGAGCAAGAAAGUGAUCCAAAUCCAUUUCAUCAGAUUCCAAUUGCAAAUCUGUAGUGAGUUUACACACGUGUUUUAACACUAGUCCUUUCAUUGUGGGAGGGUUGCUCUUUCAUUUCUAUUGUUCUUUGUAAUCACUGGUGACCAGCAUUUUAAAAUCUGACCUCAUGGUAUCAAGAAGAUAAUAAUGUUGAAAUGCAGUGUCUGAAUGUAACAGUGCUAGAGAUUUUUGCCUACAAAACUCCCCGUUCCUCUUUUUUCCAGGUAGGCCUUUGCAUAAGAAAGCUAGGACAACUUCAAUAUCACUAAACCAAAUCUCUUGAAACAUGACAUGUCAUGAUGUUGGCAGGUAGCUUGCUGUGAAGCCACUGCACUUUGAGUAGGAGAGAGCAGCCUGCUUAUUCAGGGCACAGAACCAAGGUGACCACCCCUGUUCCAGCUCUGCAGUUCUCCCCCCUGGGCUCAUGGCUUCACUCAGAUUGGCUUCUAACCACACUUGCAAACAGCAGCACGUUUCACCCAGAGAGGGUGCCACUAUUUAGGUUGAGUCAUUUAGUAGAUUAAAUAACAUACUUUCUUUCAAUUGUCUGUUAGUGCUGAAAUCUUAGAAGAGCUAAUGUAAGCAGCUUGUCUCUUUGCAGGGAGUUUAAUUCUCCUUCCAUUGCACUUGUGAGGACUCUGGGACAGCUCUGGGAAAAGGCUGGCAGAGCUGUGCUUUUUCCUUGGAGCAGCACACCUGAUCUGUGUAUCUUGAGAAGUAACACGGUCACUGCCUUCAUGUUGUUGUGCAUUUUUUUCUAUAAAAUAUAAACAAAAUUGUGUACCUUCAUAUGAGGUAGAAAUACAGGACAGCUCUAGCUUGGAGACCCCAUUACUUUGUUGCAAGCUGCCAGGCGAGACCAUAUGGUAAUUUACAACAGUGCUGUAUACUAUUUGUAAAUUAUAGCACAGCCAACUUGUAUCUCUUGAGAUAUCUUCUGGUAUGGCAGCAUCUUCUGCUGUUGAGAAUUCCUGCAACUUUUGCUAGUUCUGAACACUAUAUUGGAAAUAUCCAAGUGCUAAGAACAGAAACACUAUUUUGGUAGAAGUGGCCUUCUCUUCCCCUUAUUAGCCCUAAAAUACAUUUUAGAAGGGUGGUGUUAAGAAAAUUUCCUUAGUUAAGCUCCUAGCUUGUAAAUAUAGGAAUUUCUGUCUUUUCUAUAGCACAUGUUCAUAAAGCAUCUGUCACUGCAGCAUUUAAUACCAGCUUGGUUAGUAUCAUGUGUUAGAUGGCUAUUCAGAAAGAAAGGGUUUAGAACUUAAAGCCCAGGUAGAUCGUGGAGAGAGGAUUAAACUGUGUAAAAGAUGUCACCACCCUACCUGAUGGUACCAGUCCUAGAGGGGAAAAAGUUUUGAAGAGUCAUCUUCCAAAAUGCCAUUCUUGGGAAUAUCCUGUAGCCAGGAUUGAAUUUUUCAGAAUGAUUUACACAAAAGAAGAUGAUUCCACCUCUAGAGGGAUUACUAACUUGAAAAUAUUUCUAUGAAGAACCUUCUGAGUACAGUAUCAGUCAGAUCCCAGGGUGCACAUAAGCACAGCCAACUUCCUCAAGUGUUGCAGAUCAGUUCUGAGCUGGGCACACUUCACAACCUUUGUAUGGUUUGAGGCUGCUGGAUCCCAUGUUGUCUGCAGCUUGCAGGUCUCGGAUGGCUGUGGUGUGAGUGAGUGAGAUGUACAUAGGUAAGGGUUUAUAAAGGUAUUCGUGGUAGACCAAACCUUUCAUAAAGCCAUGACUAAAAUAAAUUUUACAUCUACAGUUUGGGGUUUGUUUUUGUUUGUUUAAAAUAAAAAGUGUUUUUAUGUUACAUGUGUAACAAAAGAUGCCCUCAGGAAGGAACUUGCCAGUGCAUAUUUUUGUAUGGUACUUUCUUGUAACCGGCUGGUGGAGUGUUUGUAGACUUGCCUAUUGCUCCCUUUGUUACAAUGGCUUGGGCUUUUUUUUGGUCUUUUGGGUUUUGUUUCUUUAUCGGGUGGUGGGGAUGAAGCAAUGAUGUUAGAACUGGGUUACUAACUCAAGACCUUUCAAACUAAGUAUGUUUACAUGAAUCUGAGUGUUGGAUCCAAUGGAAAUGUCUGUAUGCUGUUUCCUAGUUAGAACAUCAAAUAAGAAUUUUAUUUUCCUGGCUGCCUUCUGAAUUUUGGUUGGCCUAUUUUGCACUGCUUUUUUUCUCCAAAAUAAACUACUGAAAUAUAAUAGUGCAUUUUAAACUUGUUUACAAAUGAUUGUUAGAAGUUUAUUUUGUAAUUCUCUGAAUGCUUGCAGAAAUACUAUAUUUAAAUAUUACUCCAGACCUUGGCAGUAACUAGAAAACAAGUUUAGGUCAUUGGUGUGAUCAGUGACAUUUUUCCCAUAGUCUGUAAUUUAUUUUUUAUUUAUCGAAUGUAUCGGUAUCACUUUAAUUUGCCAGGUGCAGUUAUGCAGGUACCUGUUGUGAUGUGGCAUUACAAUAGAGUUUUGACAUAAAUUACCAUGCAUUUGCUGUACUUCUAUAUUUCCUUGCAGAAAUUAAGGUAAUGGCUCAUGUAGUAGAAUGUUGCUAAAUCACAGGGGCAAAUUGGGAGACCAAUUUGUAAAAGCCAAAACUGUAAAUUACUGAGUAUCCAGACAUACAAUUAUGUUCUUGCAAAACUUUUGAGCAUGAGUAUGUUAUUAAGCUUGUGCUAAAGUGCUUUUCUGAAUUGCUGCCUCAUUUGGUAGGUUCAGGAUAGUUUUGAUUUAAGACAAGCUUCACAGUAAGUUUGUUAAUAUUCUGUAGUCUUGUCUUUCUUUGUAAAGUAGAGGAGUGUAGUAAUAUUAGAUCAUACCAGAAUGCCCUUGCUCUUAAAAUUGCAGACAAUCUGAGGAGAUUUUCCAUAAUGUUGGUUUGAAUUCUUUUUAUUGUGGGUUAGAAAAAGGUUCUCCUGUGUUUUCAGAGGCAUAGCUGUUACUGCUGUGCUGAUGAGAGAAAUUGUAUUUAAAUUACAUGGUCACCAGUUAGCUUUUUAGGGAUUUAUUACUGUUCUGCUUCACUGUUUGAAAUCCACAAGAACACCAUUAGCUUGACUGGAAUUUCUCCAGGUUUUGUGUCAGCAUGGUGGAAAUGAGACUCUGGUUUCCACUGUAACUACAUAAUUAGCUUCAACAGGUGAAGGUCUUUCCCUGUUGGAGAGUACUUGAGUGGUAUUACUGCUGCCUGUGAUGUAAAGUCACCCUCUUCCCCCUCUACCUGACUUGGCCACUUGUGCCUGACUUUGUGGCCUGUGCCAGAAUAUCCUGAUCAUUAUGUAAAAGCCAACUGCAGCAAAGCAACCAAACCAUCAGCAUCAGUGCUAGCACAUGUGGUUUGUGUAAUGCAGAACCACUGGGCCAGUUAUGUUUUACCUUUGGUAGAAGUGUUUGGGUGUACAACCUUUGUGUUGAGGAGCUGAUCAACUGGGCUGGUCGGUAGGUAGGAUAAAUCCAUUAUUAAAGACUGUUGUCAUGUUAAAGCUGUUUAAAGCUCUCCAUCGUCAAUGUGGGAGUGUGUCUGCAGCAGGUUGCACAGACAGUUUAAUUUGUUCUCACUGUAGAUGAUUACAAGCUAAGAACCCAACCCAGAGGCAUCAGGAGAUAAUGAGAAUUGCUCAAGAUAAAGCCUCAAGUUUUCUAGAUGAACUGUGAGCAGUAUCCAGCCAGGGAACAACCAUGUGGAGUAGUGGCUAGAUAGUAGAGGCAGAAUAUAGUCUAAAGGCAACAGAAUAAAUGGGGCCAGAGGUGUUGCCUGGCAAAAAAAGAAAAGCAAAACAGGAAAAAUGAUCCUAUUGUUUUCAUCCAGUUAAAAAAUACAGACUUCUAAGUUCUUAGAUUAACACUGAUUUGCUCAAGUCUUUGCAUCGCAGCAGUGACAAGUGAUUCAGGCUUUUCCACAGAAGCUUGUAGCUUUGCCUUCCACAGCUGUGCAGAAAAUCUUGGAUUUUGGUUUUUUUAGUGAACAGAGUCUGAGUUUGUAGCAGUCUCCCCAUGCACACAUCUGUGAGAGUUCACUUGCAUUACCCUGCUAAUUUUUUCCUCCCUCUCUCCUUUUUAGUAAAAGAUGUAUUUCUGUAUUCAGUAUACAAUUACUUUAUGGUGUGUGUUUUGUAACUAGGAAUAUGUGAAAAUGCUUUGUGUAGAGAAAAAUAUUUCCUUUAAUAUAAUCUCCUCUUGCUUUCAUAGAAAAAUGGACAUGCCAUUGCAGAUCACAUUGCUGAUUUUAUUUGUAAUAUUGCUUUAAUAUCUAUUUCAGAGGAAUGUAACCUCCAGAAAAGUACUUUCCACAUCUUUACUACCUUUCCUUUCAUUGUUCACCCUAUGGAUCCAGGCCAUCAACAUUUGAGCUUUCGGCUGGAUAGGUUUCGUGGAUUCUGUCACAUUUACAUGGCCACAAAAGUUACUUGAGAUGGUUGAAGUUUGGGAGCAUCCAGACAUAAAUGGAGAUGUUGAAGUGAUUCCUCAGCAACACAAGCACUUGUAGCAUUUGUAGCACACAAAAGAAAUUGGGUUUGCUCUUGUGUGUGCAGGUGGCUCUUGGGGUCUGGUUCACCCUGCUUCUGAAGCAGCUUUCCUGUGGAAAUAACAAAAUCCAUUGAGAGAAAAACAUCCUUUAUCUGUGAUGCAGAAGGAGAGUAGGGCUUGGGAAUAAAAUCCUGGCCUGUGGACAUCAUUAUAUGAGUUGUCCAGAAUUUCACUCUGUGGUUUUUAAUAGCAAUCUGGGGUGAUGUUGUCUUCCUCUCCAUGAUUCUUACCCUGAAUCCACUGGGGCUGAUGAUAGCAGAUGUCUGUGGCCCACACAAACUCACUUGCAGAUGACCUUACCCAGCAUGUCAUGAGUUUGCAGAGGGCUCCUGAUGUGUUGGGAAGUUUUUGUUGAUGGCCAGGAAAUCUCUUGAAACUCCAAAAAUGGCUGAAACAGCAAAUGGAGUUCAUGAAAAUCAGGUCUUCCUCUCCAACAUUUUUAAAGAAACCUACAUUUUAUUUCCUCCUUCAUUCUUUACACAGUAGUUUUAGAUAUAAAUUAUUUUAACUUUUUUUUUUUGUGAGAAAAGUCAUAUAUACAUAUAUAAAGUUAUUAAGUGUUGAGAAUAUGUUGAGUAUAAAAUAGUGACUUCUUUGUUUCAGAUGUUAGCAGCCCCUAAAAAUGAGUUGUUUAUCCUCUUGUAAAGUCAGUGCUGUAAAAAAAUAUUAAAAAAUAAAAGAUGUGUUAGGUGUAUCUUUUAUUAUUUAUUUCUGAUGCAGUAUUUGAUACAGCUUGUGUAUGCCCUUGUGACAACCACAUACUAAAAACACUGUUGUUCUUAAAAUGGAGUAACAACAAAUCCUUGGGAUCCCAACAGCUGUGAGAGAAUUGGCCCUCUGGGUGUGAGUAGUGUUGGAUAUUGUCCUUCAGUCUCCAGCAUUGCUCCCCACCCAAGCACGGCUGAAUGUCGGGGACCAUUGUGUGCGUGUGCUCAGUUUCGCAAGUUCAUUCAAAUCCAGCUGUACAGUGUUAACAAGUGUGUCUUGUGAUUUGCUUCAGCCUGGUUCACUAUGACUUCUGAAACAUAAUUCCCAUUUUCUACUAAAUUUGUAUAGAAUUAUAUCAACCCUUAAAAGAUCAUGGCUUACUGUAAAAUCCAAAGUACUUGCUAUUUGGCAUCUUCAAUUGCAUGACUGAUCGGAUUAGACAAUGGAGAUGGUGCUUUCAUCUAACAGCAUUCAUUUCAAUGGUAAUAUAUUAAUUUUCUUUUUGUUUGCCAAGCAUCUGUUUUGGACAAUUGUUUUGGUUUCAACAGUAAAGCAAUAUGCAGUAGGUAUUGUGGCAUUAUCCUGUAAUUGUUUUGAAGAGAGGAUUGUCCCUUUCCAACACAUAAUGAAAAUAAAUGCCUUAUAACAA